CAGACUUUCAGUGUCAGGUUGCAUCACCAAUGCUAUAAACUCUGAGCAAUAAAUCAAUGAGAUUCUGCUCCAAUCAAUCCUAUGAUAAAUGCGUGUGCCUGCCUACAAAUGGCCUGGUAAACAGCAGGUGCCUCCAGAAUCCUUACAUAAACAGCAAAACAGAGAAGCAAGAGAGAUCAGAUAAGCCUUCUUCAUCCGCUACCUUCUGUAUGCUAAAAAUGCACAGGUUAUGCCUCCAAAAUCUUAAGAAACAUCGAGGCUGGUGAAAGAAAAGGUUUAUUUCCUGCCAUUCUUAACCUUGCUAGCAAUGCUCAUAUCAGCACCAAUGCUACUUGUGGUGAAAAGGGCCCUGAGAUGUUCUGUAAACUUGUGGAGCAUGUUCCUGGCCGACCUCUUCGCAAUGCACAGUGUCGAAUAUGUGACUCCAAUAGUUCAAAUCCCAAAGAACGACAUCCUAUCUCAAAUGCUAUAGAUGGUACUAACAACUGGUGGCAAAGUCCUAGUAUUCAGAAUGGAAGAGAAUAUCACUGGGUAACCAUCACUCUGGAUUUAAGACAGGUUUUUCAAGUUGCGUAUGUCAUCAUCAAAGCUGCAAAUUCUCCACGACCUGGAAACUGGAUUUUGGAACGUUCUGUAGAUGGCAUUGAAUUCAAGCCCUGGCAGUACUACGCAAUUAGUGACACAGAGUGCUUAACUAGAUAUAAUAUAACACCAAGGCUUGGGCCUCCUACAUAUAAGAGAGAUGAUGAAAUGAUCUGCACUUCCUAUUAUUCUAGGCUUGUGCCGCUUGAACAUGGAGAAAUUCACACAUCAUUGAUUAAUGGAAGACCUAGUGCCGAUGACCCUUCAGAGAAACUAUUGGAAUUUACAUCUGCACGAUAUAUCCGUCUUCAGCUGCAACGUAUAAGGACUCUUAAUGCUGAUCUCAUGACCCUUAGCCACCAUGAUCCUAAAGAUGUUGACCCUAUUGUUACAAGAAGGUAUUACUAUUCAUUAAAAGACAUCUCAAUUGGAGGGAUGUGUAUUUGCUAUGGCCAUGCUCGAAGUUGUCCUUUGGAUCCUGAAACAAAGAAACUACAAUGCCAAUGUGAACACAAUACUUGUGGUGAGAGCUGUAAUCAAUGUUGCCCUGGCUAUCAUCAGGCACCAUGGAGACCAGGGACCAUUUCUGCUGGCAACAAAUGUGAGAGAUGUAACUGUCACAACAAAGCAGAGGAUUGUUAUUAUGAUCAGAGUGUGGCAGAUCAAAACAGAAGUAUAAACAUUUAUGGCGAAUUCAAAGGAGGUGGAGUGUGUGUAAACUGUACCCAACACACCACUGGUAUAAACUGUGAGAUCUGUACUGAUGGAUACUAUAGGCCACAUAAAGUGUCUCCCUAUGACAACAAUCCUUGCCUUCCUUGUGAAUGUGAUUUGUUUGGAUCUUUUGGUUCUGACUGUGUUAAGGAUGAUGAGCAUGCCAAGAAACAGCAUGGUGUUCAACCUGGGCAGUGUCACUGCAAGGAAGGUUAUACAGGAGCAAAAUGUGAUCGUUGUGCCUUUGGUUACAAAGGUUAUCCAAACUGCCUGCAUUGUAACUGUAGCCUGGUGGGUAGCAUUAAUGAUGACCCAUGCGUCGAACCUUGCCUUUGUAAAGAAAAUGUAGAAGGAGAAAACUGUGAUCGCUGCAAACCAGGCUAUUAUAAUCUCCAAGAAAGAAAUCCACAGGGUUGUACUGAAUGUUUCUGUUUUGGCGUUUCUGAUGUCUGUGAAAGCCUCCCAUGGCCCAUUAGCCAGAUAUCCUCUAUGGCUGGCUGGAUGGUGACUGCGCCAUAUACCUCAAAAACUGUAGAACCUCAACCUGUUCAGUUGGAUGGACCUCAUCAAAUAAGUAUUCACAACAUUGCAGUUGCAAAAAUAUUGAAGCCUCCUUACUACUGGUCUGCACCUAAACCAUACCUUGGAAAUAAACUCACUUCCUUUGGUGGUUAUCUGAAAUAUACAGUGUCCUAUGACAUUCCCAUGGAUAGUACAGAUAGUGAUUUGGUUUCUAAUGUGGAUGUUAUAAUUCAGGGUAAUGGACAAAUAUUGGGUACCCGAGCUGAAGGAUUGUCUUUACAGCCAUAUGAAGAGUAUUCCAGUUCUGUAAGACUGGUGUCUGAAAACUUUGUUGAUUUUAAUACUAAGAAGUCAAUAGACCGAGACAUGCUGAUGACAGUUUUAGCAAAUGUUACUCAUAUUCUACUUCGGGCCAGUUACAACAUUGCAAAAAAGGCUGUAUACAGGUUGAAUUCUGUCACUUUGGAUACAGUGAAUGCUAAUCUUGUAGAUCCGUUGACAGCUGCAGAUGUGGAAUACUGUGAAUGUCCUCAAGGUUACUCUGGGAUUUCUUGUGAGUCUUGCCUUCCUGGAUACUACAGAGUGGAUGGAAUACUCUUUGGAGGGAUUUGCCUGCCGUGUGAUUGCAAUGGUCAUGCAACAGAAUGUGAUAUUCAUGGUGUUUGUCUUGCUUGUGAACACAACACUUCGGGGCGUUCUUGUGAUCAGUGCCUGCCAGGGUUCUAUGGAACACCCACCAAAGGCACAGCAGAGGAUUGUCAGCUAUGCGCCUGUCCACUGAGAACCCCUUCAAACAAUUUCAGUCCUACUUGUCACUUGGACAGUAUUGGUGACGUUAUCUGUGAUCGAUGCCCUCCUGGAUAUGCAGGACCCAAAUGCGAAAGAUGUGCAAAUGGGUUCUAUGGUGAUCCUUUGGUCCCAGGACAAUCAUGUGUACCUUGUGACUGCAAUGGUAAUAUAGAUCCAAUGGAAGAUGGUUAUUGCCACUCUCACACAGGCGAGUGCCUGAAGUGCACUGGGAAUACAGUAGGACGUCAUUGUGAAAGGUGCGCUAAUGGGUAUUAUGGGGAUGCAGUGAUCAACAAAGAUUGCCGUGCUUGUGAGUGCAACAUGGAUAGCUCUGUUUCCAGCAUCUGCCAUCAUGAGACUGGUCUGUGCCAAUGCAAAAUGAAUGUGGUGGGACAAAGAUGUGAUAAGUGUUUGUUUGGAUAUUAUGGCAUAAGUACAGGACUUGGCUGCCUUCCCUGCAACUGCAGUAAAGCUGGCUCCGUUGCCGAGGACUGUAAUGAUGAAGGACGGUGUCGCUGUGUGCCAGGAGUGGCUGGGGAGAAGUGUGAUCGCUGCGCUCACGGUUUUUAUGCAUUCCAGGAUGGUGGUUGCACACCUUGCGAUUGUGCCCAUACUCUUGAUGCUUGCGAUGAAGAUUCUGGGGAAUGCAUUUGUCCUCCUCACACUGAAGGGGAAAAGUGUGAAUUCUGUGCAAAAAACUUCUGGGGUCUUGAUCCAGAGAAAGGAUGCAAGGCUUGCAAUUGCAGUGAUUUAGGUUCAGUCAGUCUCCAGUGCGACCAGGUGACAGCUCGGUGUCAGUGUAAGCAUGGAUAUGGAGGUGACAACUGUGACGUGUGUGCCUUGGGCUAUAGAGACUAUCCGGAUUGUGUUCCUUGUGAUUGUGACAUACGUGGAAGUAAAGCAGAUACAUGUGACCAGAACCAAGGAAUCUGCAGUUGUGAAGAGGAAACUGGCAUAUGUGCCUGCAAGGAAAAUGUGUUUGGAUUGCACUGCAGUGAAUGUAAAACUGGGACUUUUGCACUUCAUGCCAUUAAUCCUUUGGGAUGCAUUCCAUGUUUCUGUUCUGGGAAGUCAGAGUUUUGUACAGAAGUAGAAGACCACGUGAGAGUUCUGGUAACCCUGACUCCAGAGGAGGGUGUUAUGUAUGUGGUUUCUCAGAGUAAUCUCACUGGAACUAGUGAAGGUGUAUUUACCCAGUAUUCAGAUAUCUUAAUGGAUGCUGCAACAGUCCGACAACACUUGAAUACAGAACCACUUUACUGGAAACUGCCCCAUCAGUUCCAGGGAGACCAGCUUAUGGCCUAUGGUGGAAAAUUGACGUAUUCGGCUGCUUUUUAUGCUGUGGAUGGCAUUGGAACCUCAAACCUUGAGCCACAAAUCCUGAUGAAGGGAGGUCAGACUAGUAAAUAUGUCAUCUAUGUGGACACCCCAGCACCACAAAAUGGAGUAAGACAAGAUGAAGAAAUAGUAAUGAUGGAGAGUGCCUGGAAAUAUUUCAACUCCGUUUCUGAUGAAUCUGUCUCACAUUCUGACUUUAUGUCAGUGCUGAGCAACGUUGAAUACAUCCUUAUAAAAGCAUCAUAUGGACAAGGUUUACAACAAAGCAGAAUCUCGAAUAUCUCCAUGGAAAUUGCUGUGAGAGCCGAUGAUGCACCCUUUAUUAGUGACACAGCUCAUCACAUUGAGAAAUGCCUCUGUCCUACAGGUUAUGCAGGACUCUCAUGUCAGGGCUGUGCACCAGGAUAUUACAGGGAGAAGCAUGCAAGUGCAGAUUCAAAAUCCUCCUCCUGUGUGCCAUGCCAGUGCAACAACCACACUGAUUUUUGUGAUCCAGAAACAGGAAAGUGUUUGGACUGCCAAGAUAAUACAGUAGGUGACCACUGUAGUCUUUGUGCUCCAGGCUUUUAUGGUAAAGUGAUUGGAUCUGUCAAUGAUUGUUCUCUGUGUGCGUGUCCAAGAACAAGCCCUGGGAGUUUUAGUUCCACAUGCGUUUUGCAAGGUGUUAAUGAUUUCCACUGCAAUGCUUGUAUCACUGGAUAUGAAGGGCAAUAUUGUGAAAGGUGUUCCCCAACUUACUUCGGAGACCCUAAGGCACCAGGUGGCAGCUGUCAGCAGUGUCAGUGCAAUCCAAAUGGUUCUGUUCACAAUACCUGUGACCAUAUCUCUGGACAAUGUGUCUGUAAACAAGGUGUAACAGGAUGGCUAUGUGAUGAAUGUGAACCAAGACACAUUCUUGUGGACAAUGAAUGUAUUUCUUGUGAUGAUGAUUGCACUGGAUCGUUGUUAAAUGAUCUGGAUAAUCUUGAAGAAGCUGUAUUUUUUGUAAAUCUCACUGGGGCUGUCUUUGCACCAUAUGGAAUAUUGACAGACUUAGAAAAUGCAACAAAACAAUUCAAGGGGUCCUUCUGGGCUAAAGAAGAACCAAAUUACUCACUAGAAAUUGUGCGUGACCAUCUUGUUACCCUAUCAGGUGACGUAGACCAGCUGCAGAAAGAGUCAACAAGAAUAUUGGGAAGAGGAAGACAUCUCAACAAUGAUACAGAAAAGAUCUUAAAGGAGACACAAGAUCUGGCUUUAUUUAUCAACACAUUACAGGAAACUGUUACAGUGCUGGUAGAAAUGGCAGCAUCUCUCAACCAAACCCUAGGAGCCGAUUUCCCAUUGUACAACAAAACAUUACAAGAAUUGCAAGAUGAGAUUCUCAUUACGUUGGACUUAAUGCGCGGAAGACGUUUUAAGCAUCUACACCAAAGCAGCACUCUUGAACUGAAAGCUGCAGAAAGAAUUUUAGCUCAAAUCAAAAAAGAAUAUUGGAAACCACAACAAGAACUUAAAAACCUUCAAAAAAUGGUGAAACGUACCUUAUUGAACCAAAGCGCUGGUCUUCAAGAAGCCAAGGAUGUUGUGAAUGAAGCUAGCACUAACAUCAAUGAGACCAAUCGCCUUCUUUUUCUUAUCAAUAGUAAUCUCAAGAAAUUCAAUAAUACAAAGAGGAAUGUUGAUGAAGAUCAGGAAGUCUCUGUGAUGCUGACCAGAGAAGGCAAAGUGAAAGUGGAUGCUGCCUCUUUCCUUGCAAAAGAUGUAAUGAACUUCACAUCUAGCCUAGAAAUCCAUCGGGAUGGACUAAUCCUAUGGAAUGGCAAACUGAGGCAGCAUGUGGAUGACCUGGUCAUGCAGAUGUCCACUCGAGGAGCUCUUGAUCUCGUUUACAAAACAGAAAAUCAUGCUGCUAGCUUACAGAAAAUUGUUCGUGAAUUGGAGAAUGGUCUCUUGAAUGUUAGAAAUGUGUCUCUGAAUGCAACAAAUGCAGUCCAUGCUUACUCCACCAUUAAAGGUCUAGUAGAAAAUGCUGAGACCGUGUUAGGUGAUGCCCGUAGGAUUGUAACUGAACCAGAACAUAUGCCAAAAGAAUCAUUUAAUUCAACUGGGAAACAUGUUCUCCAGGCUAGCUCCAAGUUAUUAACUGAAACCAAAAGUUUACACAAGAAGUAUGAAGGACUUGUGUCUGGCUUGCGUGAUAUGAACUUAAAAAUUGGAAAGUUUAAAGAGCAAGCUAGUAGGAUUGCUAAACAAUUCAAUGAUUCAUUGCUACAGCUGAAUGCAUUGUCAAAUGAUACCAAUGAAAAUAUUCUUGCUGUAAAAUCUUUGGCCGCAUCGGCGAAUGUGACUGCUGUAAAGAGACUGAGCCAUGCUGGGGGUUUUAGUGAAAAGUUACUGAACACUUCAUCCGCAUUGUCUGAGGUUAAUGAGACGUUACAUAAAACCAAUGAACUUAUAAUCGACUCAUCAAAAGCUGCAGCGUCAGCUGAAAGAAAAGUGAAUGAAGUUGAAAUCCAGGCUGGUCUUUUAUUUGGUAGACUGAAACCUCUGAAAGUGCUGGAAGAGAACCUGAGCAGAAAUAUCUCUGAAAUAAAAGAACUCAUCAGCCAGGCCCGCAAACAGGCAGCCUCUAUUAAAGUUGCAGUCUCUGCGGAAAGAGAUUGUAUCCGUGCUUAUCAGCCUCAGAUAUUAUCUACUAAUUACAAUACAUUAACACUGAAUGUUAAAACAACGGAACCUGAUAACCUCCUAUUCUACUUGGGUAGCAGUGGCAAAAUUGAUUUCAUGGCUGUGGAGAUGCGACGUGGCAAAGUAGCUUUCUUGUGGGACAUGGGUUCUGGAUCUACAAGACUAGAAUAUCCUGACUUUGCCAUAAAUAACAACAAAUGGUACAAAAUACAUGCUACAAGGUUUGGAAAAACUGGCACCUUAACUGUAGAGGAAACAAAUUCUCUCCAGAAGCCUUCUGUGAGAAGUGCCACCUCUCCUGGAACAGCUACCAUACUGGAUGUAGACCAGUCAACCCUAAUGUUUAUUGGUGGACUUGGAGGACAAGUCAAGAAAUCACCUGCUGUUAAAGUGACACAUUUUAAGGGAUGCAUGGGAGAGGCAGCUUUAAACGGCAAAACUGUUGGGCUCUGGAAUUACAUGGAAAGAGAAGGCAAAUGCCGUGGAUGCUUUGGAAGUCCACAAGAUGAAGAUAUUGCAUUCCAUUUUGAUGGCAGCGGAUAUUCAUUGGUUGAGAAGUCGCUUCGUUCCACUGUGACUCAAAUAAUUCUAUUUUUCAGCACCUUUUCACCCAAUGGGCUCUUAGUAUAUCUGGCUUCUAAUGGCACAAAGGAUUUCUUGUCUCUGGAGCUUGUUGAUGGGAAAGUGAAACUAAUGGUUGAUCUUGGUUCAGGUCCUCUUACACUUAAAACAGACAGUCGCUACAAUAAUGGGACGUGGUAUAAAAUCUCAUUCAGUCGAAACAAAAAAGAAGGGAUUUUGGCAGUCAUGGAUGCUUAUAAUCUCAGUUCUAAAGAAACCAAGCAAGGAGAAUCUCCUGGCACAGCCUCUGACCUGAACCGUUCUGAUAGAGAUCCUAUUUACAUUGGGGGGCUGCCACGUUCAAGGGCACUGAGAAAAGGACUUAGUAGCAGAACAUAUGUCGGAUGUAUUAAGAACUUGGAAAUAUCUCGUUCUACCUUUGACUUGCUCAAAAACUCAUAUGGUGUAAGGAAAGGCUGUGUUCUGGAGCCCAUAUAUAGUGCCAGUAUCUUAAAUAGUGGUUACAUUGAGUUGUCACCUAAGCCUCUUUCACCAGAGUCACAACUUAUGGCCACCUUUGUUACUAAAAACACCAGCGGCAUCAUCCUUGUGGGGCUGAGCAAAGGGGCAGAAAAGCGAAGGCGAAGGCAAGCCCACCUGCCGUUUUUCUCCAUUGUGCUGGUCAAUGGUCAUUUGGCAGUGCAUGUUAAUGCUGGCGACAGAGCAAGUACCAGAAAGGUCUUGGUUCAACCUGAUAAUGGAACUUAUAGUGAUGGGCAAGAACAUUCUGUCAUUCUGACUCGGAAUAAGAGGAUGAUAAUGGUCCAAGUGGAUGAGAAUAGCCCUGCAGAAAUCAGACUUGGCCCACUGGCAGAAGCUAGACCAAUGAAUAUAUCUCACCUUUUUAUUGGUGGAAUUCCUGCAGGAGAAGGCAUUUUAGGGCUAAAGAUGACCAACUCUUUCUAUGGCUGUAUAACUAAUCUGAUAUUUAAUAUGGAGCUCCUAGAUUUCACAACUGCUUUGAGGUAUGAAGGUGUUGAUAUGGGCAGUUGUUUCCUUUGGGAUAAGCCAAAACCUGCCAUCCAUCCAGAAGACCUUGAGAUCCUUUCUGAAAUGCAGAUGCUACCAGUUUCUCUACAACCUCUUGCUCAAUUUAAAGAAAAACCAUGUGCAGAGGAUGAAACACUAAAUUAUGUCUCCGGGGCUUAUCAGUUUGGACUUUCCGGAAACAGUCACUUAGUGCUACUUUUCAAUCACUCUACAGUUAGAAAAAAGCUGUCUGUGCAGUUGAACCUCAGGACCUUUGCUUCCAGUGGUCUCUUAUACUACAUGGCUCACCAAAAGCAGCUUGAUUAUGCAGCCCUUCAGCUACAUGGAGGGAAGCUUUAUUUUUCAUUUGAUCUGGGAAAAGGACGGGCAGUAGCUUUUCAUGACACGAUCGUCAAUGAUGGGAAAUGGCAUACGGUGAGGACGGAGUAUAUGAAAAAGAAAGGUCUAAUAAUUGUUGAUGGGCAUGAAUCUGUGGCUGUGAAUGUUCCAGGAGAUGGAAACACACUGGAUGUAGAUGGGAAGCUGUACUUAGGAGGUCUACCCUUCGAUUACUCAGCCAGGAAUAUUGGAAAUAUUACUCACAGCAUCCCUGCUUGCAUUGGUGGAAUAACGGUUAAUAAUAAGCAAGUGGACAAAGAUAGCCCACUUUCCAUUUUUUCUGUGAACAAAUGCUACACUGCAGCCCAGGAAGGAACAUUUUUUGAUGGAAGUGGUUUUCUUGCUCUUGUUAAGGAAGGUUACAAAGUACGAUCUGAUGUUAAUAUCACAUUUGAGUUCCGCACUACCAUUGCAAAUGGAGUUCUUCUUGGAAUCAGUAGUGCAAAAGUAGAUGCUAUUGGUCUGGAACUUGUAACCGGCAAGGUUUUAUUCAGCGUCAACAAUGGAGCUGGCAGAAUAACAGCUACCUAUGAACCAAAAGGCACAGCCAGCCUGUGUGAUGGAAGGUGGCACAAACUUCAAGCAAACAAAAGCAAACAUCACAUUGCUCUGACAGUUGAUGGGAACUUGGUUCAGACAGAGAAUCCACAUACGCACUCAACCUCUGCAGAUACGAACAACCCCAUUUAUGUUGGAGGCUAUCCUGCUGAUGUAAAACAAAAUUGCUUGACCAGUAAGAGCUCAUUCCAAGGAUGUUUGAGAAACCUCAUCCUGAUCAAGGGCCAACAGUUGGAAUCUUUUGACUUCAGCGAAGCCUUUGACCUGCGUGGAGUCUUUCCACAUUCCUGCCCUGGGGCUGAGCACUAAAUGGCAGGGGCAAUGGUCCACUUCAAGAGGUUUUGCAUACUGUUAAUGAAAAAGAAAUGUUUUUAACUGUAUAGUGAUCCACUUAUAUUUUCCAGCUCAGGAUGAUGUUUUUAGCCAGAACUUUUAUACCAUUUGUAAUUUUUAAAACCUCUUUGUGCAACAAAUACCUCUACUAAAACAUUAACAACAUUAACUCAGUACUGUUUUUUUUAAUUGUUGGUGAAUUAUUUUUUUAAAAAUCAGUGUUUACAAUGUAUCUUGUGCUGAUUACUUGACAGUAUUUCUUUGGUUUAAGUGGCUCUUUUUAUAAUACAGAUGUAAAAUAGAGCCCUACACAAUAAAAGCAUUCUUCCAUAA